UCAUUCUUCACACAUCUCUUACUCCUACAACACACUCCAAAACACAAAAAUAUGACUACCCAACGAGCAAUGUUGAAAAACGCUUUCAUCCUUUGUCUCUUCACCAUAACCAUUAUGGCAAAAACCGUGUUUUCGCAACACUGCAGCACGACCGGAUGUGCAGGUAACCUAUGCUGCAGCAGGUAUGGAUACUGUGGAACCACAAACGCCUACUGCGGUACCGGGUGCCGAAGCGGACCUUGCAGAUCCGGAGCCACACCUAUCCCACCAAGUACUCCCAGUGGCGGUGGAGGCGGUCUAAACGCUGAUCCUCGUGAUACAAUUGAAAACGUUGUUACACCAGCGUUUUUUGACGGUAUCAUGAGCAAAGUUGGAAAUGGCUGCCCAGCGAAAGGGUUCUACACUCGCCAGGCCUUCAUUACGGCCGCCCAAUCGUUCGAGGCCUAUAAAGGAACCGUCGCUAAGCGUGAGAUUGCCGCUAUGUUGGCUCAGUUUUCUCAUGAAUCUGAAAGUUUUUGCUACAAAGAAGAAAUAGCUAGAGGGAAAUACUGCUCACCGAGCACUGCUUACCCAUGUACACCGGGAAAGGACUACUACGGUCGCGGUCCAAUCCAAAUCACGUGGAACUACAACUACGGUGCAGCCGGAAAGUUUCUUGGACUCCCUCUCUUGACUGAUCCUGAUAUGGUGGCUCGUAGUCCAGAAGUUGCCUUUCAGUGUGCCAUGUGGUUCUGGAACCUAAAUGUUCGUCCAGUCUUGGACCAAGGCUUUGGAGCCACCACGAGGAAGAUCAACGGUGGCGAAUGCAACGGCCGACGUCCUGCAGCGGUGCAGAGCAGAGUAAACCAUUACCUGGAGUUCUGCAAUAUGCUUGGGAUCACUCCUGGAACAAGUCUUAGUUGUUAAAGAUGGUAAAUGCGGUUAUAAUAUAUGCCACGGUUUAUAGUAUGACGGUUGUCGUGCACGUGUGAGUUUAUAACUAAAGAUGUCGAAUAAAAGAUUAUGCGGUGUAUUCUAAUGUACCAAUGUGUUGUUUGUAUCGGUUGUCAUAGCAUGAAGCAUAUAUCACUAUAUCAGCCCAUCCAUAAUAAACGUAUUUACUAAAAUUUGCAACU